UUUCUCACAGGCGGCGAGCGCAUGGACUUGGACUGGCGGCUGGCACUACUGCCCUUGACGGCUAGACGCACGGCCGGCGGCGAGCGGACGCGACGCUCCCAGGCAGUGUACUCGUCCGGAUGUCGCGUCGUCCCUCAACCCCCUCCUUCUCAUUCGCUCCGGCUUCGUUCGAAAUGAGGAGGUUCUUGAUUGAUAGAGCAAGCACUGAAAAUGUGAAUGGUGUGCAAUCGGAAAAAGAAGUGGAGGCACAACCACCUCCUAACAUUGCCAAUGAAUUUAGUCCAAAUGAUAUUGAGCGCGAUCCAGGAAAGAGGAAACAAAUUUGUGAGUAUCCUCCUAAUAUUCAAGAUCAAGUGAGAAGAGCAUAUGUAUUGAAGGGUCCAAUGCAACCAGAUUUGAAUAAAUUUCCUCGUACUGAAUUUGGAAGUUCACGUUCAUCAAGAGCAUUUUCUAAAUCUUGGUACAAAAAGCAUUCAUGGAUUGAAUACAGUGAGUGGAAGAAGGCAGCUUAUUGUUUUUAUUGCUUUCUCUUUAAGCAACCUGGAGGGCCUGUGCACUUUGGUUAUGAUGUAUUCACCAAAGAAGGAUUCACUGAUUGGAAGCAUGCAUCUAAAGCCUUCAAAGAUCAUAUUGGUGGUCCUGGUAGUAAGCACAACUAUUGCGUCAAGCAUUAUGAUGAUUAUAAUAAUCAGAGACAAAGUGUGGCAAGCAAUUUUGCUAGAACAAACAAGGAAUCAGAAGAAAUGUAUAAGAUCCGCUUGACUUGUUCUGUAAGUUGUUCAAGAUAUCUCAUCGGACAAGGCUUGGCUUUCCGUGGACAUGAUGAAUCCUCUACUUCUCUGAACAAGGGGAAUUUUAGAGAGAUGAUAGAUUUGGAAAAGAUUAAAAAUGAACAAGUGAGAGAUGCUUUUUACCGUGGUGGAAGAAAUUGCACAAUGACAUCUGGUGACAUUCAAAAGGAGCUUGCAAUGUGUUGUGCACAUGAAGUUACCAAGAGGAUCAUGGCUGAACUUGGUGAUAAACAAUUCUCUGUGCUUAUUGAUGGAUCGCGUGAUAUAUUUGUGAAAGAGCAAAUGGCAGUGAUGUUGAGGUUUUUGAAUGACAAAGGAAAGGUUGUGGAACGAUUUAUUGCUCUGCAUCAUGUCAAAGAUACUACAUCUGAGGCACUAAAGAAUGCUCUUUAUGCAAUUCUUGAUCAUUAUAAGUUACCUAUUUCAAGGAUACGAGGGCAAGGAUAUGAUGGUGCUUCAAAUAUGAGAGGCGAGUUUAAUGGUUUGCAGAGAAAUAUCAUAGAUGAAAACCCUUUUGCUUUCUAUGUUCAUUGCUAUGCUCAUCGUUUGCAGUUGGUGGUUGUCUCUGUUGCUAGUAGUUGCUCAUCUAUUCAUGAUUUCUUUGAGUACAUCUACUUGUGA